UGGCAGGUCUUCUGGAGCUACUUUCCCGACUGGGCACUCACCAUUUUCCUCUGGGUACUGGACGGGUACCGACGUCUCUUCUCUGUGACGGACACAUCGCUCGCCCACCCAUAUGCAGAGCACGAGCGCAUCCCAGUCUGGUCGCUUGCGCUCAUCGCCGGCGUAUUCCCCGCUGUCGUCAUCAUAGCAUCUGGCUCAUUGAUGCGUUCCCCCUGGGACGUUCACAGCGGCCUACUAGGCUUGGUUCUUUGCCUCGCCCUCGGCGUCACUUUUACUCAGAUUAUCAAGAUCACUGUCGGAAGGCCCCGCCCCGACCUCUUUUCCCGGUGCCAGUUGCCGCAAGACCUCACGUCCAACCCCAUUCAUGGGCUUACAGCAUGGACGGCGUGCACGCGCACUGACAAGCUCCAGGAAGGCUUCCGCUCCUUCCCUUCUGGCCACUCGAGCUUUGCCUGGAGCGGCAUGUGGUAUCUAGAGAUGUACCUGAUGGCAAAACUGCGCGUCGCGAACCGCCGCGGAUACACUAUCAAGAGCUGGAUCCUUCUCAUCCCUGUCUCAGCGUCGACGCUCGUCUCGGUGUCUCGCACUAUGGACUACCGGCAUCACGCGACCGAUGUGAUUGCAGGCGCCGUCAUUGGUAUCAUCGUCGCCUGGUGGAGCUACAGGCAGUACUACCCAUCGCUGGGCGCCAGCAAGUCGUGGCGGCCGUACGAGCCGCGCAUC